UUUCCCUAAUUUUGACAUUUCUGCUAAAACAAACGCAUUCCAAAUAAACUAAAAACGUCGUGUAAGUUGCAAAUUGAUCUUUUACUUUGUUGGUACAACUAUCUGAGUUCGCAUUCGUUGUGAGCGAGGGAGCGAAAAUGGCGGCGGAAUCAAACAAUCUCGAAGAAACACUGAGGCCCUUUUACCAAAGAGCUUCUGAAGCAGAGGAUCGCCUGGCAAGACUUGAAGCUUCUCUGGCCAGAAACCAAGGAUCUGGAAACGACGAACAACUUAAGUUAGUAGGCGACCUCCAAUCGCAGCUCGAGAGUGCAAAGGCCGAGCAGCUUGCGGAAAGGGAAAAGGCUACGAAGGAGUUGCAGAGGCUUGCUACUGAAAAUGCAAAGCUAGAAUACCGGAUUAUACAUCUUGUUCGAGCAUUGAAGGAGGCUGGUAGCAAACCGGUAGCUAAGUAAGAGACUCAUUGCGGUUGUUUGCUUGAUGCCGAGUCCAAGUCAGGAGUGAACAGCUAGAUUGCAAGUAUUGAGUUUAUCUGGAACAUCGGCUUUGCAGAGUCUCAUGGCUUAACGUGUUAAGUAACCUGGGAAACUAAAUUAGAUUGCCUAUAAUUGCUCUAGCUUCCCUCAAAGAGAUGUUUUAUCUGAUCAUGAGCAGAUUGAUAUUUUGCUUUCUAUAGUAAAGAAAUCAAAAUGCAUGUUUUGCUUUCA